CUCUAAGACCUUGUGCUACAAAGUGUUGGACAGAAAGAAACAAGCAGGCAGAGAGAAAAAGAGAAGGCCACAGACAGACAACAAACGCAUAUGCAACAAUGAAAAAAGCGAGAGAAACUGAAGUGAGAGAUGGAGGGCGGAGAGGGUCAAAGUGAUACUUCAAGUUGACCACAGAACCUGUGAACUGUUGCUGCCACUGCUUCCGUGACGCCACAUCGCACAGUUCCUCAACUCAGCUACAGACCUACAAGAGACACACACACAGAGAGAAAGUAAAAGAUGGACUCCUUUCAGAAGCCCACCGAUCUACCCUAUCUCUGACAUGACGGAGGAAGUUGCUGUGUCACACAUCAUGCCAUGGACACCCAAGCCCACAUUCUGAGGGACCUAUUGGCCAAAAUCGCCAGCAAGGAAGCAGAAGAGGAAGGGGCAGAGAACGGCUUUGCCGGAGAAUUUUUGAAACUAAAGAGACAGUCUACUAAAUAUCGUGCAGAGAAGACGUACCCCACCUCAGCCGCGGACAAACAGGACAAUGUGAAGAAGAACAGAUACAAAGACAUUGUUCCCUUUGAUCACAGCAGAGUAAAGCUCUCCCUCAUCACAUCCAAACAUGACACAGAUUACAUCAAUGCUAGUUUCAUUAAGGGAGUGUUGGACUCUAGGGCGUAUAUUGCCACACAAGGCCCGCUGCCAAACACUGUGCUUGACUUCUGGAGGAUGCUGUGGGAAUACAACGUACAGGUUAUUGUGAUGGCUUGCCGGGAGUUUGAAAUGGGAAGGAAAAAAUGUGAGCGUUACUGGCCAGAGUCAAAGGAUGAUGUGUUUGUGUGUGAGCCCUUUACCAUAUACUAUGAGUCGGAUGAGAAUAAGGGAGAAUAUCUGACACGGACUCUGAAGGUGACAUUUAAACAAGAGUCUCGGACACUGAAGCAGCUGCACUAUGUGAAUUGGCCAGAUCACGGAGUACCUGACUCCAUUCCUGCCAUCCUGGAGCUGCUGCAGGACAUGCGGAUUUACCAGGAUCAUGAUGAGAUUCCCAUCUGUAUUCACUGCAGUGCAGGCUGUGGAAGAACAGGUGCAUUGUGUGCCAUUGACUAUACCUGGAAUCUACUGAAGAGACAGAUUAUACCAGAUGAUUUCAGUAUCUUUGAACUGGUAAAGAACAUGCGCACACAGAGGCCCUCUGUGGUUCAGACUAAGGAACAAUAUGAACUAGUAUACAGGACAAUCAACUUGCUGUUUGAGAGAUAUCUGGCAGCAAUGGAUGAAUCAAACAGAGAGGUCCCAGCUUCCCCUUCUCCUGUCACCUUAAGCAGUGGGAGUGAGCUCUCGGACUUCAGCGACUCUGAAUCAGAGACUGGGACAGACCUCAGAGCAUUGCGUCAAACUGAUCACAGGAAUAACGAGAUGGAAAUCCCUAUAAAUGAAUUCAAUCACAUCAUACACAAUGUCACUUCUUGGCCACAGCCUCAUUCAGAACCAUUCAGUCAAGAGGUCAUCUCCACAAAACUCAAUCCUGCAGACAUGCUCAAUACGAUGAGUGAAUGGACCCAGAUUACAGAUCAGAGGUCAUUCAUAGCAGCAACUCCUCAAACAGACUUUGGAUCUCAAAUAACUGAGCCAUCCACCAGCUUUAACACUGAUCUCACCCAUGCUGCAUGCUCAAACUAUCCCAUCAGCCUAAUACAGGAACUGAGGCCAAGUAAGAAGCAUCUGGAGUGUGCAGAAAACCAAGAUGUCAGUCCUACUGCCACAGACCACAACCCUAACAUCCCCAGGACAGUCUGCUACACUGUGGAAGAUCCUUAUUUUGGUCCUGAGUCUCCACCUGUUAGCGACAAUCACAGUGUUAUGGACUCUAUCAUUCAUGAAGCAUGGAUGAAGGACCCCUGUUUCACAAUACCUAGUUUAACGCUUAAUAAUCAGGUAUUAGAACUGCCAAAACAUGACUGCAAUGACAAAGGUGCAAAUAAACCUUCAUCUGAUGAAGACACUCCUCCUCCUUUGCCAGAGCGAACACCAGAGUCAUUUAUACUGGCUGAUGAAAUUAACGAUAUCAGUGAAAACACUGAGAUGUUGGAAUUGGUGAUCCCAACCAGCUCAGAAUCUGAGAGCAUCAAUAAAGACAGCCCGCCUUCACCUGUGCCCCCACUGCCUGAGAGAACUCCAGAGUCUUUUGAAAUGGCCAGAGAUGAGGAUUUGGUACAAAACAUAACACAGGAAAAGCCACAGGAUAUUGUAAUGAGAGUUGGGAAAUCUCUAGAAUGGUCUGGGCAAACAAAUGAAGCUCAGACAGACAUGAAACGAUCUUGGUCCAGAAGCAAGAGCUUAAAACUUAGAAUGUCACUUCCUGCAUCAUCUGCUCCACUCAGUCCUAUUCCAAUCACAAGUCACAGUCCUCCUCCCCUGCUGUUCAAACAACCUCAGGAAUCUCUGCUGCACACCCCAACACCACGUGAGCAGGCAUUCAGCUCAGUUCCUGGGACAGAAAGUGUAACUCCGCCACUUCCUGAAAGAACUCCAGAGUCUUUCAUUUUUCACACGGAGAAAGUUAAAGUGGCCGACAGCAGCGCCCCCUGUCAGCCAGCUGAGGCAGAGCAGCAGAGACUGAGAGUGGGCACGUCUUCUGAAUGGUCAGGCAGCUCCCAGCCCAGAUCAUUCCUGGAUCAUUCUUGGAGCCGAAGCAAGAGCGUCAAGGCAAAAAGUUCAAAACAAGAGUCUCUAUCUGUGGCUCCGCUGACUCUGCCUGUCGCUGUAACCAUAGCAACUGGAGGCCAAGUAGAGCACCAGACGGCACCCAGCAGCCAGCCAGCAGCAACGGGACCAACAGAGAACCAGUCGGACAAGGGGGCAGAGAAAACAUCACUGGUCAGCAAGGCCAGGACCAAGAGUAUUAAGUUUUUGAAAGGAAAACAGAAGACAAAAAUGGCCCCGCCUCCGAUCCCGCCCCCAGCCCCACCUUCAGACCAGUCUCCAGCCCCACCUCAGUCUGCUCCACCACCCUAUGGUGCCGCUGUUGGAUUCUUAUUUUCUUUUGGAUCUCGUUUUGGAAAGCCAAAAGGCCCACGAAAUAAGCCAGGAACAUGGGUCUAGUUCAUGCUGAAGGUGAAAGAAAAGGAAAACGGCCUCACAGGACAGUUCAAAAGAGCAAAGUUUUCUUUCGCUGUGGUUCUUGAAGGAGAGAAGCACAACAACAGACCUCACUCAAUAGAUGGACAUAUAUAAAGAUUGUGCUUUUGUCAAUGACUUUUACUGUGUGUAAAGGUAUAAUGCAAAUGAACUGCCUUUUUAGACUUUAAAUAUUGAAACGUGUUGCAACUUUAUGCAGCUAAAAUGUAUAUAAAUGAUUACAGAUGUGUAAUUAAAGACAAGAUAAUAAAGGGGAUGAAUGUACUGAAAAGUAGACACUUCUGUAAUCUCAUAGGUAACAUUUUAAUGUAUUUUAUAAUAUAUAGCGCUGCAGGUAACCAUGGCCAAUCAAGCUUUUCUGUCACAUAACGUUGGGACUUAGUAACAGUGCAUUUGGUGCCAUGUCUAUCUGAAAGGGAUGUAAAAUGACAGAAUAUCUAUUGUCAAGUUUGUUUUGUGACAGUAUUUAACUCUGCCUUUUCUUAUUUGUAUAUUUUCAAUUUCUGAUGCAGUGAAACGCUUGGUACACUCAUAAAAUUGUUUAUUUAAAAAAAUACAGAAAAAAGUCUAUGCA